AUCGAGAAAAAUAGAAGAAAGAAAAAGGAGGAGAGUAAAUUAGGCACGUUCAGGUGAGCAAGCAGAUAAGACAAACGAGCAGCCUCCAAUUCUUCCCCCAAAACUUCCCACGCGACAUACCCGCGCGUGUCGUUGCCUCUCCUUCACAAAAGUACGAUUACCGUUGAUUAACCCGCCAACGAAAGGUCAAGAAAAACACAGAGAUCCAAAUGGAAUAUUAUUUCUCUUUCUAAAUCAGCAAAACCCUCUCUCUCAAACCCAAAUGGCUCUAUUCACUUCCAUCUCCACAGCGCCAGUCAAGGUUUCCUUUCCAAUCCGACGCCGUUUCAAUCACAGUGACCGAUUCUUUACUAAACCCACCAUUGCUUCUUUGAGCUCUUCUUCGUCGUCCCCUGAAUCGAAAUCAAAAUCAAACCCGCCGAGAACCGAAACAGUAGUUUCCUCUGCUACUUCUUCGAAUCCUUUCGUUGAGAAACCUUCUAAGCCUCCCGAGUCGGGUUUCAACUACGCUUUGUCUAACCCAAAUGGCAACCCGGUCGUUCGGUUUGUCCGCUCCACUGAAUCUACCAUUGAAAGGACAAUUUUCGACUUUCGCUUUUUGGCACUACUGGCUAUUGGAGGUUCACUGGCUGGUUCGCUGUUGUGCUUUCUCAAUGGUUGCGUUUAUAUUGUAGAAGCAUAUAAAGUUUACUGGUCUAGCUGUGUUAAAGGGAUUCACACUGGACAGAUGGUUUUACGGCUUGUUGAAGCUAUUGAUGUUUAUCUUGCUGGAACUGUGAUGUUAAUAUUUGGCAUGGGCUUAUAUGGAUUAUUUAUCAGUAAUGUUCCUCCUGAUGUGCCUCCCAGUGUUGAUAGAGCCCUAAAAGGUUCUUCAUUGUUUGGAAUGUUUGCUAUGAAGGAGAGGCCAAAAUGGAUGAAAAUUAGCUCAUUGGAUGAACUGAAGACAAAGGUGGGUCAUGUAAUUGUGAUGAUUCUUCUGGUGAAGAUGUUUGAGAGGAGCAAGAUGGUGACCAUAGCUUCUGGGUUGGAUCUGCUAAGUUAUUCUAUAUGUAUUUUCUUAUCAUCUGCUUCUUUGUAUAUCCUUCAUCAUCUGCACAAGUCAGACGAUGGGCACCAGUCGGUUUAGAGAUGUUAUAUAUAUAUAGCAUAUAUAAACAAUGUAAUGUUUAAUGUUAAUAUGCUAUUGAUUUGUACAUGUUUCAACAACCAUCUUUAUACUAUAAGGUUGGCUAGAUUGAUUAUUCA